AUGACGCUUCCUACUCCGCUCAAUCUCCCGUCACGACCCUCCACCGGCCUCGGCGAAGCGGUCAGCCACCUGCAGCAAGAGAUGAAAGCUUACAAAGAGGAGAUCGCUCAGCUCACGACCGAUACCGAGGCCGCCGCCGACCGAAUUGCCCUGGUGCUGGGCCGCUAUCGAUCUCAGACUCAGGCUGUCUUCGCAAAGAGCCCACAUGACACUCACGAUUCAGAGCUCAGCGUGACAGCGCUGGAGCAGACCUUUGAUGCGUUUCACGAGCUCCAAUCACUACCACGUGACAAGGGUCAUCAGACGAGCGGUCGACAGAUCGUCAAGCCCUCUUUCCUCAACGAUACGAAGCUCGAUACUGCAGAGAAUAUGGCAAAGUCGCCUCUUGUCCCUUCUUCGCUAACCACUAUAGCCGCCGUCCAGUCGUCCUACGAGCAAUCACGCACAUUCUUGUCUGUAAUUGCCGCGUUGAAGGAAGAGGCAAGUCGAAAGAGGCAAUGCGAGAUCGUCGAGAAGAGAUUUACCAUCCUCCUCGGGCAGAUAGCAGAGUCAACGACGCCUGAAGCCUGCUGGCUGAUCGCCCAACAGAUGGUUGCCUAUCUGCGCUUCGUCAAUCUUGAUCGAGUAAGGCACUCUCUUCACGAUCAGGCUCAGCAAGUCUCACAGCGCUGCAUAGCUUGGUGGGAAGGCCCGAGUGUCUUUGUCGAGCGAGCCCUGACGAGAUACUCUUUGGUACACGAGGUCACGAACGACCCUCUCUUUGAUGGCAUUGUCGCUCUCGUGCUCAUCCACUUUGGCGUCUUUGACGUCGAGGCAAGUAAAUCAGUCGCAGACGACGGCUCGCAUUCGGAGAUCGAAGGCCUCACCACUCUGCAGAAGCUAGCACGCCGAGUUAAGCUUGGAUCGAGAUUCAUCUCACCGCCUGUAAAGGACCAAAGCAGCAUCUCUCCUUCGCAGGCGCUCUCGAUCGAUGUGCUGGCCGCUUUUGUCGAGCUUUGCUCGCAUGGUGUUCUCGGUAGCGCCAUCCUCCAUGAUGUGCUGUCCCUCUUUGCUCUCGGCGACGUCGAUCGCGACUUUGCCCUGGUGGAGAGUGACAUGGAACUUCUUCGCACAUUUCUCAACAAAAGACUCCUUCCGCAUACCACUUUCGUGCGCGACACAUUCGGUGUGCACGAUCCCAUUCGUCAGAUCAUCAGCAUGCUCAAGGCGAUGGACAAGCUCAAACAAGCCAACAGCCCUGGCACGGCGUCACACGGGAACGUUCCAACUAGGCCACUGACCCAGUUCGACAUCGAGGACUCGGAAUGGAUCCCUCUUGAAAGACUGCCGAGCUCGUCGGUGCAGAAGUGGCCGAAGCAAUCUCGGAGUCAAACGUUGAGGUGGUUUGCUCGCAAACGGAGCCACAGCCAAGAAAGCGACACCUUUGAAGCUCCAAAAGCUGUCAACAUGAUCGAUAUCCUCAACGGCUAUAGUCCCGCACACCCUUGA